AUGGGCGCUCUCAAUCUCGCAGAAUGGCAGAAGCUGCCCGUCAGUCUGUCGGAGCUCUGCAUCAACACCACCCUCCGCUGCGGGCAGUCUUUCCGAUGGCGCAAGAACGACAGUGGAGUCUGGUCUAUGGCCCUUCACAAUCGCAUUCUGUCCCUAUACCAAGACCCCGAGCACCUCUACUACCGCUCGCUUUCGCCCGCCGACCUGCAGGCUCCUAUGACCCCUCCGUCGUCUAACCCGCCUUCCCUGCCGGACAUCAAGGAUGAUACUCGAGAUCUGGUUCGGCACUAUUUGAACCUGGAGCCAACCCUCACCACUCUCUACGCGCAGUGGAGUUCUGCAGAUGCCAACUUCGCAAAGAAAGCGCCCAAGUUCACGGGUGUCAGGAUCUUGAGACAGGACGCUUGGGAAGCACUGAUUGGCUUCAUAUGCUCUUCUAACAACAACAUCAUUCGCAUAUCGCAGAUGGUCCAUAAGCUCUGCGUCAACUACGGACCUUUGCUCGGCUAUCUGGAUGAGGAAGCAUACCACGACUUCCCUGAGCCGAAAGACCUCGCGCAGGAUGGCGUCGAGGCAAAGCUUCGUAGCCUGGGAUUUGGGUACAGGGCCAAGUACAUCUACCAAACAGCUUGCAUGGUAGCUGAGAAGCCGAAAGGAUGGCUAGAUGCUCUGCGCAAUCCUGAAUCUCCUGCACUGGGUGUGAAGCCAGAAUUUGGAGGAGAAAUGCUUCCGGAAGGCCGGGAAGGGUAUCGUAGAGCUCACGAGGAACUUCUAACUCUUCAAGGCGUUGGACCAAAAGUCGCCGACUGCGUGGCGCUCAUGGGACUUGGCUGGGGCGAAGCUGUGCCCGUAGACACUCACGUAUGGCAAAUUGCGGUGCGAGAUUACAAGUUUGGGAAAGGCAAACAUACCAGCCUUACGAAAGCGACCUAUGAUGCUGUCGGAGCAAAGUUUCGGAGUCUUUGGGGCAAGGAAGCUGGUUGGGCGCACUCGGUACUUUUUACAGCUGAUCUGCGCGCUUUCAGCGAGAGGUUGGUCGCAAAGAAGGAGGAAGUCGAAGUGAAAACAGAACCAGGCGCUGAAGUGAUCAAGACCGAAAAGAAUGUCGAAAAGGCAAUCAAGCGAGAACAUGAGGACGAGGAAGCCCAAGUACUUGAAUUCGAAGAGAAGGUGGUCAAGACAAAGCGUCGGCGCAGGAGUUGA